UCUCCCCUGUAUGCCGCGUGUCGCCCUGGAUUCCUGCUCUGGUAGUUGUUCGCUGGCGGCCCCGAUGCAGGGCUACCUUGUGUGUUCCUCAUGUCAUAGAACUACUUGAGAAAAACUUGGAUUACACUGAUUCUACGGUUCGGCUCCCAAGGGCGGGGAAGACGUCCUCCAUGGACAGGUGAUCGUCACGAGCCAUGCGACAUCCUCGGCGACAGCAGCACAAGUACGGCACGCUGUCAUGGGCCGGCGGCGGAGGUGGUGCUGCCUGGACGGAGGCAUGGCCAGCGGCCUGGCCAGCUGCAAGAGGGUACGGCUCCGUUCGGGUAUGUCCCGCAUCCAGGUUUGCAGCCAAGAUGUCGGAACCGGCUUCUCGGUGCGGCUCGGUCGCUUCGCGGCGUUCCAUCCUGGAAUGUGACGUCACGGCGUACGACCUCAUCAAGGAAUACCUCCGAGGAAACCACGAAUCACCUGUCGACAGCGACGUGGACGACCUAAACGUGAACGCUCUCGUCGCAACCAGAUCAGAACCGCAACCUGCCAAGAAACCGCCAGAGCCCGUACCGGACUAUGACGACGACAGCGACGCGGUAGUGGACAUUGGACGCUUUCGUGACCUUCGUGUCUGCUACUCUCCCUCGCCAAUACGACGAGCUACCUCUCGAAGGACCGCUUCUUGUUCACCGCCACGACAACGGCACCGCUGGAAGACCGCCUCCGCGACACCGAUUGACCCCGGUCGACGUAGUAUCCUCAAGAAGCAGAACGAGGGCGAGGAAAUCGAGCACCGUCCAACGCGACGGGUUACUUUCUUUGGAGGUACACCCGAUGAGCCCCGGACUAGUGUGUGGGCGCGGCGAAUCGAUGACUCCUGCACAGGAGCCUGGGAGAUGCUGAGAGUGCCUCGCGGUCCUCGUCGUCUACCGAGGCCUCAGUCGUCGCCUCCUCCGCCACCGCCGCAGCUGCCACCACCGCAGUUACCUCUGCAACCUCCGCCACCUUUGCCGGCGAGUAGGAGACCUUCACAACACAUUGAUCGGAUUGUUCUGGAAGAGCCCCUACAGAAACUUACUAUUACUUCCGCAAAGAGAAUUGACGAGGUCCAGCCGUCGGUCACACGGGACAAUGAAGCCAUAAAUGAAAGGUUUACACCUAGCCCCGUCGAAGCGCACGGCAGCGAGAGGGACCACGCCCCCGACCAGGCUGCCGAAGAGAAAUCGGGCCAAGCUACAACAGUAACAGUCACGACACAGUCAAGCACCGGAACACGAGUCCUCAUAAGCUUGAACGGUCGCGUGAGCGGCAGCUAUCCAGUGCGACGUGGUCCUGCGAAACGACGGCCUCGUAUGCGACAUUCAGCACCACAACUGGGAGGGGAACAGGCUAGAGCACUCUUCAGCAAACAUACUCCAAUUCAGCCUCCGCCUCGACCUGAAGUCCCUGCCGUAAGCCCAGACGAGCCCUUGUAUGCGGACACAAUACCAAACCAUUACGAACGUGUGUCACCAGCUGAACCCCUAUAUGAAGAACUGCCUGACCCGAAACCCACGGAGCCUGAAAAGCCAAAAGUCAAUGGACAUAAUCGCGUGGGCUCCGACGGCCAGAUCUCGCGGUCGUUCUUUCAAGGUGCUUCCAAAGCAGACAUUCUUGGCUACCUGGAGGACGUCCGUGACCGUGGUCUCGCCUGUCUCGACCCGUUACACGAAAACGGCUACGACAACACGGCGAGGUACGACACCGUCGAAGGGCGGGAAGCGGACAAUUCGGACUGCAAGGAACUGGACAUCCCGUUCCCGCUCGCUAAUGGACACAACGAGAGAUGUGCGGACUGCAACCAGGAGGUUAAUGGAGAACAAGUCUGCCUCGAAUGUGAAAAGAACCGCACGGAACGUCGCGAGAUCAUUACGGAGAUCGUGCAGACGGAAGCGAAGUAUGGCGACGACCUGCGGAUCGUUAAGGAGGAACUGUACAGGCCCAUAGAGACAGCCGGAUUACUGAGCAAAGCACAGCUAGCAGAAGUGUUCCUGAACUUGGACGAACUUAUAGCAAUCAACGAGGAGUUCACCGGCAACCUCCAGAACGCGUUAGACGCAGCUACCCAAAGAGGAGACCAGGAUUACAACACAGUGCCGAUAGGUCAACUGUUCUUGAACUCCAUGGCUUCGUUCCUCAAAGCUUUCGAAAUAUACUGCGCUGGUCAGGCGGCUGCAUCAGUCUGCCUCAGCGCCCACGAGAAAGAUAAAGAACUACUAAGGAUAUUCCUGAGGGUAUCACAGAUGGAGAACGCGCUGUUACGCAGAAUGAACCUCGCGGCCUUCCUCAUGGUCCCCGUGCAGAGAGUAACUAAGUACCCGCUGUUGCUGAGCCGCUUGCACAAAGUGACGCCCUUGGGUCACAUGGACAGAGAUGCGUUACGCGAAGCCCAACUCAAGGUGGAGAAUCACCUGGACCGUAUAAACCAGGUAAGACACCGCGGUGCUGAAAUGGGAGCUCCGGGAGCAGCAACGGUGCCGUUGCAGUUAACACGUGCCGGAGGAUCCGCGACGUUGUGGCGCCGAAUCUCAAGUUUAUCAGCAAGACGGAUUUCGAACGGCAACGGUGGCAGCGUUGGAAGCGUUCGAUUGAGGAAGGCGGCGCUAGACCUACUUCGGUGGAGCCGCGAAGAAACCCGCUUCGUAAUGGCUGGUCGUCUCCUGCUCUGCCCUGUGGAAGCCGGAGGCCGAGCAGGAUCCGGUGGACCCAGCCGCUGCACGCUGCUACACGCACUCCUAGCCGUACUGGGCCGACCCAACUCAAACUACAGACCCGACCUGGCCCACGACAAUUCCCUCCUCUUCCCGAGGAACACCGGUAUUCGCGAUGGUGCCCUCGUGCUUGCCAAAGAAAAAGCUGGAAGGUUCAUCCUUCCUAGGGACCCGCUGUACCUAGGCGGCUGCAUCAUCAGCUGUGAUCCCGAAUGGAAGGACUGUUUUGAAAUUCAAGAGUACACAUCCCGGGAGGGAUUUCUGUUUAAGGCUGAGAGCAGCAUAGAGACGAGAGAAUGGCUAAAGCACCUGCGCUACCACGCAAAGGAUCUCGGCUCCUGGAGACGAAGAAGGAAUGCCCUGGCUAACAUCAUGAUUCACGGAGUGGACCGCUUUCCAUCUAACGGGUGCAAAGUGCUGAAGAACUCACAACCACAGAUUUCAUCACCUCCCAUCCAGGGAUGACCAGGUGUAACAUAACCCUGUAUACUGUAUUUCCUUGUACAUUGAUAGAAAUAAAUUUAUUAGAAGAGGCAAUUGAAAAACA